CACCCCCAUCUCUGUUUACCGGUAUAAGCGAGUUCCUCUGGAGUCUGUCAGGCAUUCAUUCAAACUGAGAAGUUUCUCGAUUCCAUAAGGCGGUUUUUUUCUCUCCAUAUCGACUCACUUUGUCGCAAGUAUCAUUUUUCUGUAGUCGCGUUAUUUUAUUUUAUUUUUUUUAAAUUAAGGGCAGGUUUUUUGAGCGGGUUACAUUUCAUAAUCCGUUUAAGUUUUUCUUUAUCCCGCCCGCGCUGUCUUAACGUCUGUGUGCGCGCGCUAAUUAGCUUAACGGCUAGUGAGCACUACGGGACUGACAACUGCAGCGUGUGGAUGUACCCUUGCUCAUCUGCAGUCACAGUGGCACAAUGGCUGGCUUUUCGUUCUGCUUAAUCUCUCGGCACCCAAAGAACAAUAACAGAUCCAGCAAAAUUUUAGGAUAGCAGUAGUUUUUCACUGUACCUCUAGUUUACUUUAAUUGUUUUCUGGUUAGAUCCAGAUAAACCCAUUACAAGUUUGCACUGCUGAAUCCCACAAAUUCUGUUAAGACAGGUGGGCCUAAAAAUAAAGCUAAUUAUUUAUUUACCUCUAUUUACCUCUUUAUUUUACUAGCUGCUGUUUAGAUUUAUAUAAAAACCUAUUUUGUCAGGCAUUUGUUCCUUUAAGAUUGUGAAUCAGUUCCUUUAAAACUUACAAAAAAUGUUUUCAACAACUGCAACUGCAAUAACGCUGGCGACUACCAUGGUAACCUACACACCUCUGACUGAGUAUGUGUGGUUGCUGGUUGUUGGCUUUAUCAUUGCCUUCAUCUUAGCCUUUUCCGUCGGUGCCAAUGAUGUUGCUAACUCAUUUGGUACAGCCGUGGGCUCUGGAGUGGUCACUUUGCGUCAGGCAUGUAUUCUAGCGACAGUGUUUGAGACCUUGGGGUCUGUGCUUCUUGGGGCCAAAGUGAGUGAAACUAUUCGCAAGGGAAUCAUUGAUGUGGGCAUGUACAACGGCUCUGAACAUGUGUUGAUGGCUGGAUCUGUCAGUGCAAUGGUUGGUUCUGCUGUGUGGCAGCUGGCUGCUUCCUUCCUUAAGCUCCCCAUCUCUGGAACACAUUGCAUUGUUGGUGCUACUAUCGGCUACUCGCUGGUUGCCAGAGGCCAGCAGGGCGUCAAGUGGCUUGAACUCCUACGUAUUGUUGGUUCCUGGUUCCUGAGUCCCCUGUUGUCUGGAAUAAUGUCAGCCAUUGUCUUCUAUUUUGUGCGCAGGUUCAUCUUACAGAAAGAAGACCCAGUACCCAAUGGAUUGAAGGCCCUGCCUGUCUUCUAUGCGAUGACAAUGGCGAUCAACUUGUUCUCCAUCAUGUUCACUGGUGCUCCGGUGCUGGGAUUUGACUUGAUACCUUGGUGGGGCAUCCUGCUCAUCUCAUUGGCCUGUGGUCUGCUGACCUCCAUUGUGGUUUGGUUUAUUGUCUGCCCUCGCCUAAAGAAGAAGAUUGAACGAGAUAUCAAGUCCAGUCCCACUGAAAGCCCUCUGAUGGAAAAGAAGGAGCUUGAAGAAACCCACUGUCCAAUCCUGAAGCAGGCAUCUACCACACCAGCUGCCAAUUACAACUCUGCUGACCCUCUUCCUGCCCCUGAGGAGCGCAGGGUGGCCUUCGACAUCGGAGACUCUGAUGAAGCCGACAGUAAUAAGGAACACAGGGUGGCAUUUGACAUCGGAGAUUCUGAUGACACAGACUGCAGCAAUUCAAAUGAUGCCCCCGCACAGGUUCAAACAAACAGUCAGGUCCAUUUUAGUAACCAAGCCCAAAGCAAUGGUGCCUCCACAAAUGCUCAAAAUCAGGUUCAAUUCAAAAAUCAUGUUCAGUUCAACAACAGACCUCCACAGCCACCAAGUAACGGUUAUAGCACGUACCACACAGUCCACACAGACUCAGCCCUCUACAAAGACCUACUGCACAAGCUCCACCUGGCCAAAAUGAGCGACUGCAUGGGAGAGGGAGGCGACAGACCUAUCCGGCGCAACAACAGCUACACCGCCUACACCAUGACCAUCAUUGGCAUGCAUGACAAGCAUAAAGAAGGGGACUUCCGUGCUUGUGAGGAUGGCAACAAGGCUCCAGGAUCAGGCAGUCAGGAGAGAAAGCGACUGCGUAUGGAUAGCUACACCAGCUACUGCAAUGCUGUGGCAGAGCACACAACUCCUGAAGGUCUGGUAGAGGGUGAUGUGAGGCUAGAAAUGGAGAUCAAGGAUACAGGUAGCAGCCAGAGCUCCCUGGAUGAUGAAAGGCCUGAAAAAGACAAACCAGAAGUCUCAGUCUUGUUCCAGUUCCUUCAAAUUCUUACUGCCUGCUUUGGAUCCUUUGCCCAUGGAGGAAAUGAUGUUAGUAAUGCCAUUGGACCUUUGGUAGCUCUGUGGUUGGUUUACAAAACAAGCAGCGUGGUCUCAAAUGAACCUACACCCAUUUGGUUACUGCUGUAUGGUGGCGUGGGUAUCUGUGCUGGACUCUGGGUAUGGGGUCGCCGGGUGAUUCAGACAAUGGGGAAAGACCUCACCCCCAUCACCCCCUCAAGUGGUUUUAGCAUCGAACUGGCCUCAGCCUUGACUGUCGUGGUUGCUUCUAACAUUGGCCUGCCUGUCUCCACCACCCACUGCAAGGUGGGCUCUGUGGUGGCAGUAGGAUGGCUGCGCUCAAAGAAGGCAGUAGACUGGCGUCUGUUCAGGAACAUCUUCAUGGCGUGGUUUGUGACGGUUCCCAUCUCUGGUCUGAUCAGUGCUGCUGUUAUGGCUAUCUUCGUCCACGUCAUCCUGUGAGCAUUCAGCUGCACCCCAAGCAUGGGGAGGAAGAAAAAAAACGCUCCGACACGCACUCGGAGAGAAAGGAGUGAAGUUUGAAGGCCAAAAUAUAUCGCUUACCUCUGGCCAACAACUUCGUAAGAAAAAGGAAAAAAAAAGUUAGAAAGGGUUUGGUGACAUGUGCCUGUGGUUCUUGGCUGCAUCAUUUUCAGACUAUAACUUGCUAUCUGUUCCAUUUGGGUCACAUAACUUGUAGUUGCGACCUUUUUAUUUCUUUGGCUUUCUUUUUCAUAUCUCGUCAUUCUGUAAAGAGUUAAACUUAAAUCAACUGUUUGUAAUAAUUCAUGUUUUUUUUUACUUUGCGGUUAUGUAUGAUCAUUAUAUACAGCCAUUUUGUUUUAUACAUUAGGCAGGAAUGAACAACUUAAACUGCAGUAUUAGCCUAUUACAGAUGUAACACUCGAGUCAUCACACUUGCUGGAAACUGAUUCAAGAAAAAUAAGAAGGCAGUAUUUAGGUGGAAGUGUUUCGCCGUUUUAGAGUAGAGUUUACAGCCCGUUUUCUUUCAGCUGACAAACUAUGACCCUGUGGGGUUUUUUGGGGGGGGGGUUAAGAGAUCAAAAUGUUUUUCAGCUGUUUGAGCAUGUUUUCCUACAGUGCUGGAUGACUACAGCUGAACAUUAUGAGGAAUACUACGUAAUUGUCAUAAGUCAUCACACUAGUAAGAAAUGGCACAGCCCAAAUUGGUAGUUGGUGAGUUAUUGCUCUGCGUCUCCAGGUUGGGACUUUCUGUUCUUGAUCAGUGCAGAAAUAAAAGAUCUGUUGAGAAAUAUCAUUGCUGAACGUCAGCUAGUGCAACAACAUGUUCCCAAACAUUACCUUAAGUCUCCUGUUAAAACUUGAUUUAAUCGUCCCUAAUGGUUAAUCGCUCUAGGUCGGCUUCAGCCUUGUUUUUGUAGUCCGCAUUAAGAUAUGCUUUUAUUCAGUUUGCCUGGACAACUAGGUUGCCCCGCCCUUCCUCUGGAUGAUACAUGAUGAGGAGCAGGAACCUGAAAACUGGAAGUUUGUGUGAUUGACUGCAGUAA